GAGCGGAGUUAUUUGAAGCGCUCCCAAAAACUUCUCGAGUCGGGACCCCAGAUAUCCCUGCAUGACAUCACGCAGAUGAGCCAGUAGGAGUUUGGGGGCUGGAAAUGAAAUAGGCUGCUAUCAGAGGAUCUAUGAUGCGGUGGGUGAAGUCUUGUGGAAUAAUAACUCUGCUGUGCGCGUGUCUGUGCUGUGUCUCUGUGAAUGGAUGCCCGCAUAAGUGCAGUUGUUCGGGUUCUCAUGUGGAUUGUCAGGGUCAAGGCUUCAAGACUGUACCCAAGGGAAUCCCAAGGAAUGCAGAAAGACUGGAUCUGGACAGGAAUAACAUCACCCGGAUCACCAAGGUGGACUUCUCCGGCCUCAAGAACCUGCGUGUGCUGCAUCUGGAGAACAAUCAGAUCAGUGUGAUCGAGAGAGGAGCGUUUCAGGAUCUCAAACAGCUUGAACGAAUCCGCAUCAACCGGAACCGGCUGCAGGUCCUGCCGGAGCUGCUGUUCCAAUCCACACCCAAGCUGGGCCGGCUGGACCUGAGCGAGAAUCUGAUCCAGGCAAUUCCUCGUAAGGCUUUCCGAGGGAUCACCGCCGUCAAGAACCUGCAACUGGACAGCAACCACAUCAGCUGCAUCGAAGAUGGAGCCUUCCGAGCCCUGCGCGAUCUGGAGAUACUCACUCUCAACAACAACAACAUCACACUCAUACCGCUGUCAAGCUUCAACCACAUGCCCAAGCUGCGGACACUUCGCCUGCACUCCAACAACCUGCACUGCGACUGCCACCUGUCCUGGCUCUCCGAUUGGCUGCGGCAAAGGAGGGGGCUGGCCCCUUUCACACAGUGCAUGGCCCCCGCCCAUAUGAGAGGUCUCAAUGUCCCUGAUGUUCAGAGAAAAGAAUUUGUCUGCACAGGUGCCGCUCAAUCGGAGCCAAGGGCAUGCGUCCCCCAGGCAUCCAUCUGCCCCGCCGCCUGCACCUGCAACUACAACAUCAUAGACUGCCGGAGAAAAGGCCUGACUGAGAUUCCAGCCAACUUGCCUGAAGGAAUUGUGGAAAUCCGUCUGGAGCAGAACAUGAUCAAGAGCAUCCCAGCAGGAGCGUUCACAGCAUACAAGAAACUGAAGAGAAUAGACUUGAGCAAGAAUCAGAUUUCUGAUAUAGCAGAAGAUGCUUUUAGCGGCCUGCGCUCCCUCACUUCCCUGGUCCUAUAUGGAAACAAAAUCGCUGAGAUCCCAAAGGGUUUGUUCGACGGUCUGGUGUCCCUGCAACUGCUACUUCUCAACGCCAACAAGAUCAACUGUUUGCGUGUGAACAUUUUCAAAGACCUGCAGAACCUCAACGUGCUCUCUCUCUAUGACAACAAGCUUCAGACCAUCAGUAAAGGCUUGUUCAUCCCACUGCGUGCCAUCAAAACACUGCACCUCGCGCAGAAUCCAUUCAUGUGUGAUUGCCAUCUGAAGUGGUUGGCCGACUACCUGUUUGAAAACCCGAUUGAGACCAGCGGAGCUCGAUGCAGCCUUCCGCGCCGCCUCGCCAACAAACGCAUCAGCCAGAUCAAGGGCAAGAAGUUCCGCUGCACAGGUUCGGAGGACUACCGCAGUCGUCUGAGCGGCGAUUGUUUCCAGGAUCUGGUUUGUCCCGAGCGCUGCCGCUGUGAAGGCACUGUGGUGGACUGCUCCAACCUCAAACUCACCAAAAUCCCCCCUCACCUGCCCGAGCACACCACUGACCUACGGCUGAACGACAACGAGAUCUCCAUCCUUGAGGCUUCAGGGGUCUUCAAGAAGCUCCCAAACCUGCGGAAAAUAAAUCUGAGUAACAAUAAGCUGCGGGACAUCCGUGAGGGGGCGUUUGAUGGGGCCGCAGGUGUUUUGGAACUGCUGUUGACAGGAAACAAGCUGCAGUCAGUCAACGGACGGCUGUUCAAGGGUUUGAGUGGCCUGAAAACGUUGAUGCUGAGGAGUAAUCAGAUCAGCUGUGUGGAUAACACCACCUUCACCGGCAUGAGCUCUGUGCGCCUGCUUUCCCUCUACGAUAACCGGAUCUCCACCAUCGCCCCGGGAGCUUUCAACACUCUGCAUUCUCUCUCCACAAUUAACCUGCUGUCUAAUCCAUACGUGUGUGACUGUCACUUAGCCUGGCUAGGGCUGUGGCUGAAGAAGACCAGAGUGGUCAGUGGCAACCCGCGCUGCCAGAAACCUGCCUUCCUGAAGGAGAUUCCUAUCCAGGAUGUGGCCAUGCCUGAUUUCACCUGUGAUGGCGUGGAAGAGAACGUCUGUCUGCCGCCGACCCCUCGCUGUCCGGAUUCCUGCACAUGCUCAGACACCGUGGUGCGCUGUAGUAACCGAGGGCUGCGUUCGCUACCUAAAGGCAUCCCGAAAGAUACAACUGAAUUGUAUUUGGAAGGAAACUUCCUCACAUCUGUGCCCAAAGAGCUAGCUAACCUGAAACAACUGUCACUGCUAGACCUCAGUAACAACAGCAUCAAUGUUCUUGCUCCUCUCACCUUUAACAACACGACUCAGCUCGCUACUCUUAUCUUGAGUUACAAUCACAUUCGAUGUGUCCCGGUUCAUGCGUUUGAUGGCUUGCGUUCUCUCCGCCUGCUAACCCUCCACGGAAAUGACCUUUCAACUCUUCCAGAGGGAGCCUUCAGCCACUUGACGUCUCUAUCUCAUUUGGCUCUGGGCGCAAACCCUUUGCACUGUGAUUGCGAGCUGCGUUGGUUGUCUCAGUGGGUGAAGGCUGGGUAUAAAGAGCCUGGCAUCGCCCGCUGCACCGGACCACCCGACAUGGCGGACCGACUGCUGCUCACCACCCCUCUCAGCCGCUUCCAGUGCAAAGGUCCCGCCGAUUUGAAUCUGAUGUCCAAGUGCGCCCCCUGUCUGGCAGUCCCCUGUCAGAACAACGGCACUUGUGUUAGUGAUGUCACCGGCUCCUACCACUGCACCUGCCCGUUUGGCUACAAGGGCCGCAACUGUGAGAUCCACAUCAACGCCUGCAUCAGCCAGCCAUGCAGUAAUGGAGGCACAUGCCACGUCACACCUGGACAGGAUGGGCAGUACAGCUGUGUGUGUCCUCCUGGGUUCGAGGGCCAGCGAUGUGAGGUGAAUCCCGAUGACUGUGAAGACAACGACUGUGAGAAUAACUCCACCUGUGUGGAUGGAAUCAACAACUACACCUGCAUCUGCCCCCCCAACUACCGAGGCGAUCUGUGCGAGGAGGUGGUUGACCCCUGUCUGCCUGACUUUGACCUCUGCCAACACGACUCCAAGUGUGUUCCUCUCAGUAAGGGCUACAGGUGUGAGUGUUUGCCGGGGUAUGUUGGCCAGCACUGUGAGCAGGAUUACAAUGACUGCAUGGAAAACAAAUGCCAGCAUGGUGCCGAGUGUGUCGACGCCAUAAAUGGUUACACGUGCAUCUGUAAGGAGGGAUUCAGUGGGCUGUUUUGUGAGCAUCCUCCACCGAUGAUAUUGCUUCAGAAGACGAGUCCUUGUGAUCAAUCAGACUGUCAAAAUGGAGCCCAGUGUCUGGAAGGGGUGGAGGGGGAACCCAUGUGCCGUUGUCUGCCUGGCUUCUUUGGCAGCAAGUGUGAAAAAAUGAUAACAGUGCACUUCCUCGGCAAGGAUACCUACCUGGAACUCCCCGUCGCCAAGAUCCGACCACCCAUGCACAUAUCCCUCCAGGUGGCUACAGAUAAAGACAAUGGUAUUCUGUUGUAUUAAGAGGAUCAUGAUCCACUUGCUCUGGAGCUGUACCAGGGACACAUUCGUUUGAUAUACGACGUUGCAAAGUACCCUCCUACUACCGUGUACAGUGUGGAGUCGGUAAAUGAUGGACUUUUCCACAUGGUGGAGGUGCUGAUCCAGAAUCAAACCUUGAGCUUAGUGGUGGACAAGGGGGCUCCGAAAAGCCUUGGCAAACUGCCCCGACCUCCUUCUGUGGACCACAGCACACAACUCUAUAUAGGCGGCAUCCCCUCUUUGAUUGGCACAGCGGGCUUGCGACAGGGUCCAGAUCGACCAUUCCAGUCCUUCAAUGGCUGCAUUCAUAAUGUACGUCUCAAUGGAGAACUGCAAGACUUAGGCAGUAGACUGGCAGGGGUUGAGGGCAUCUUGCCGGGCUGUCACUCCUGCAGCGUUUGUGCUCAGGGCACUUGCAGACAGAGAGGGGAGGUGGGCGUGACGUGCGAGUGUCCCGCCGGCCAGAGCGGUCCACUGUGUGAACAGAUGAACUCCAAGAGCCCCUGUCAAGGCAGCAGGUGUUUGCAUGGUGUGUGUGUACCGAAGGGCUCCUCGUACAGUUGCUCAUGUGAAGAAGGAUACUCGGGUCAGUACUGUGACAGGCGAGAGGAGCCGGCCGCCUGCAGGGGGCAGCACUGUGUGCAUGGAGAAUGCAGAGUAACCGAGAACGGAGAUCCUGUAUGCCAGUGCCAACCUGGAUAUACUGGACCAAUCUGUGAAACAGAGCUCACGUGCCAAGGAGAGGUGGUUCGCGAGCAACUCAAGCGUCACAUGGGUCAUAAAAGCUGCACGUCCACCAGUAAAGUUUCCCGGGCAGAGUGUCCUCAAGCCUGUCACUCAGGCCUCUGCUGCGCCCCCACCAAGAGCCGAAAGCGGAAGGUCAGCUUCAAGUGCUCCGACGGAUCUUCCUUUUCUGAAGAGAUGGAGACCACCGCGGAGUGCGGCUGCACGAAGUGUCCAUUGUAAUAAUACCCCCCUCCCCAUCCCAAACCACGAGAAGAUGGAGCGGAAAAGAAAAUAUAUUGUAAAAUAAAGUGCAAAUAGAACUUAUUUUUAUUAAGGGAUGUUUUUUUAAAGAAAGACUGUUUUUAUGAUGUCGCUUACAUGUAUGUGUCAUAUGAAAAGUAAUUUUGUAUCGUCGAACAAAAAAGAUUAACAUUCCUGAAAAUAUAUGAAUGAUAUAAAUAUGUAUAAAUCUAUAUAAAUGUACAAGCCUAACCUAUGAAUUCAUUUGGUGUGUGUAUUGCAUGUCUAUUGUGAAGUGUGGAAACAGAGAGACAUUUUGACGGAGGAACAGGUGGGCGACAGGGCUGAAAUGUGCCCGUGUAGCCAAUCAGGGGAGGAGGAAAGACUCUCAAACGCAGGAAGUGGUGAGCCAACUUCCUGUGCUCUGGUGGCGACAAAUGAACUGCUUCCUAUAAUGGACCUCAGAUAGCUCACCUGCAGAAUUCCAGGAUGUGAUCCACAGAGCUUCCAAUGCGACGGGGCUGUUACUUUUGUGCUCUAGACGGAUCAUUUCGGGUGUUUUUAGUUGUUGUUCAAAUGUUUGCCCAUCAGAGAGAGAGAGAGAGAGAGAGAGAGAGGAGACCAGAAGAGCUUGUCGACAUGGCUCUAGUUUACAGCCUUUAACUCAUCAGAGUGAGUUUUUUUGCAUGACUGCAUGGAAAAGUUAAAUGUGAACUUAUGCCGUGGCCAGGCAGUAAAGCUGUUAUGAUAGUUUACCUGAUCUCUACCUGUUUUACCUUGUACAGUUGUGAAAUCACAACGCAUUUCCAUUGUUACAGCUUUGGCAGGUGAUACAGGUGACCGCAUCCGUGGUGCAAAGCACUUCAUAUUGACGUAGUAUUCCGUCAUAAUCGUCCUUUACUAAAAUAUUAAAUGCAAAUAUAUUACACCCAUAACUACUGUAUUGUUUCAUAUAUAUACCCUUUGUUCGUUGAUUUGUGUUUUUUUUUUUCUGAUGUAACACUUAACAAAUGUUUAAGAAACAGAGAGAAAGAGGUCUAUUGGUUUUCCAAAGGAAAUAUUAAGCAGUGUUAAUGAAUAUACAGCCUCGUUCUGUCUCAACCCCUUUCACCACUUACUGAGAAAUAAAAUCCAAGCUGUUGUAGGAAUCCCCAGUGUGUAAUGUCACCGAUCUUGUGCAGAAGCGUUAUGUUAGUGCCUCUUAUGACAAGACUGGUGGUUAUACGGUGUGUUUUGUAAUAAUGUUUUGUUAAAUAUGAAUUAGAGCGUUAUGAAUAACUUACAAUGAAUGUUGAAUUAAACUUGUAAUG